AAGCGGAGCCAACCUUUCCUCUGCUUGACUGGCAGUGCAGUCAGGGAAGCUUCGCCCCGCCCGGGUCUGGCAACGGCCCCGCGGCAUGCUGGGGGUCGCAAUUUACGGCGCUGCAGGCCGCGCACGCGUACGGCAGCCUGCCGCCAUCGCCGCUUGGUGUUCGAGGCUCCGGGAGCAACGCUGCGCAGCAGGUCCUGGUAUUGUUGACAUCUCCUGGGUACCUUGUUAUCCUUGCCAUCUCUACUGAGUUCUUGGCUAAACACAGUCGCAUUUCUGUGGAGGCCUAAGAAGAUGCUGCCUUUGGAGAGGGUGUUGGCCUCCCCCAGAAGCUCGCCACUGCACUCAGAACCACCUACUCUGAGGUCAGAAGAUACAGCCCAGCAGGAGGAAUCUAGCCAUCAGGAAGAACCCAGCCAUGGGCAAGUACUCAUUAAACAGCAAGAACCUAGCCAGCAGGAGGAAUCCAGGAGGCAGGAUGACCCUGUCCAGAAAGAAGAACCCAUCCAGCUUCUAGAACCUAGUCAGAGGGAUGAGCCCAAGCAGGGAGAAGAAUCCAGUCAACAGGAUAGUCCUCUCAACCAGAGGGAAGAACUCAGUGAGCAGCAAGAAUGCAAUCAGCGGGAUGAGCCCAGUCAGGAGGAAGAGUCCAUCCAACUGCGAGAACCCAACCAGUGGGAAGAACUUGGCCAAAAGGGUGUACCCAGGCAGCAGGAAGAAUCUAUGCAGCAGGAUGAGCCCAGCCAGUGGGAAGAACCAAUGCAGCAAGAUGAGCUCAUGCAGCAGCAGGAGCCCAUUCAGCAGGAUAAACCCACCCAACAGGAAGAUUUCAUCCAGCAGGAGCCAGCUCAGCAAAAUAACCUCAUCCAACAGGAAGAACUAGUCUACCAGGAGGAACCCAGUCAGCUGGAUAAGCCUAUCCAACAGGAAGAACUCAUCCACCAGGAGGAGCCCAUUCAGCAGGAUACGUCCAUCCAACAGGAAGAACUCAUCCAGCAGAAGGAAUCUAUCCAACAGGAAGAACUUGCUCAGCAGGAGGAGUCUGUUCAGCAGGAUACUUCCAUCCAACAGGAACUGAUCCAGCAGCAGGAGCUCAUCCAACAGGAACUGCUGCAGCAGGAGGUGUCUAUUCAGCAAGCUAAGUCCAUCCAAAAGGAAGACUUCAUUCAGAAGGAGGAGCCCAUUUAUCAGGAAGGUUCCACACAACAGGAACUGAUCCAGCAGGAGGAGCCCAUACAGCAGGAACUGUUGAAGCAGGAGGGAUCCAUCCAACAGGAACUGAUCCAGCAGGAGGAGCCCAUCCAACAGGAACUGUUGAAGCAGGAGGGGUCCAUCCAACAGGAACUGAUCCAGCAGCAGGAGCUCAUCCAACAGGAACUGUUGCAGCAGGAGGUGUCUAUUCAGCAGGCUAAGUCCAUCCAAAAGGAAGACUUCAUUCAGAAGGAGGAGCCCAUUCAGCAGGAUGCUUCCAUCCAACAGGAACUGAUCCAGCAGGAGGAGACCAUUCAGCAGGAUAAGUCCAUCCAAAAGAAAGAAUUUAUUCAUCAAGGGGAGCCCAUUCAGCAGGUAGGGCCCAGUGAGCCUGAGGAACCUACCCAGCAGGAAGAAACUAGCCAACAGGAAGAGCCUAGCCAGAAGGGCCAACCUAAGCAACAGGAGGAAUUUAGCCAACAGGAAGAGCCUAGCCAGCAGGAAGAGCAUAGCCAGAAGGAUCAACCCAACCAACAGGAAAAGCCUAGCCAGCAGAAGGAAACAGAAACCAUCUCUGAGAGAUCUGCUGCUGACCUUGAGUUUUCCCGCCUACGCUUCCGAGAGUUUGUUUACCAGGAGACAGCUGGGCCUCACCACACUUUGGCCAGGCUUCAUGAGCUAUGCCGCCAAUGGCUGAGGCCUGAGGCCUGCUCCAAAGAACAGAUCCUGGAGCUGCUGGUUCUGGAGCAGUUCCUGGGCAUCUUGCCAGAUAGGGUCCGUCCUUGGGUGGUAGCCCAGUAUCCUGAGAACUGCAAGAAGGCUGCCUCCCUCGUGGAGGGUCUCUCUGACAUCCUGGAGGAGCCAGGAAUGAUGUUGUGUUCCCCGGGUGGUUCAACAUCUUCAUUCAGCGAGGGAGACUAUGAGAGGUGUCCUGAGCCCCUGCUGCUACCACAAGGAUUGCUGAGUCCAAGCAGAAAUCUAAGAUCUAGGGACAUCCUGGUACGCCGUGAUACUUCUCCCCUUCUUCCAGCCUGGCCUACUCUGGAGUCUGUGCAUCUGGAUCAAGAGAAUAUAAGGGGAGAAAAGAAUGAAGAGACCAACUCUGCCAGAGCUGAGCUGAAGGAGCCUCUACAGUCGGAAUGGGACCACCUGGACCCCACAGAGGAUAACCUGACCAGUUACAGCAAGCUGCUCUUGUGGGGGUAUCAGUUUUUCCAGGCUGGUUCAUCCUCCAUGCUGGAGACAGAGGGACAUGGUGCAGUGGAAGAGCUGCCAGGGAGCAGCCUCCCAGACUACACCAGGCAGCAGGAAAGCAAAGGAAAUGUGUGUGAGGAAGUCUGCAUUGGGGAGACACUGAUGGUGAGGCUUUCAGGGGAUGUUCCUGUUAGCCCUUCGAUAGAUACUGCCCUGGAGGAGGGACAGCAACCUCAGAAGGCUCUGGAUGCUGAGGAUAUAGAUUCAAGCCCUGCUAGUCCCCAGAGGCAAUCAGUCAUCCAGCAGUCAGCCCAGGACGAGGAUACACUUCAUCAAGGCACUGGGACAAAGAGGCCCCAUCCAGAUGAUGAUGAAGAGGACCCUGAGUGUGUUUCCAGCACCAGAAGCUACCAGCUGCCAUUUGAUGCAGAGAAGGUGCUUCAUGUGGAUGGUUGUGAUUCUGGGCAGAGCCCAGGAACUUCUGCUGUGGGAUGCCCUGCAGCUGACGAGUUUGAUGCAUCUCAAGGGAAGCCCUACACAUGCAGUGAAUGUGGGGAGGCCUUUGCAUGGAUCUCGAACCUUAUGGAGCAUCACAAGAGCCACAACAGUGAGACAUGUUAUGUGAGCCAGGGCUGCUAGGACCCUUGCAGUUCAGCUUGGUUGUGGUCAAGUACCACAAGAGUCAGAUACUAAAAAAGAAAACCCAUGCCCCGAGUCCCUCUUUGCCACAAGCAAAAGUCACUGGUGGGAGGAUUGGUGGCUCCUAGUGUGUGAGUGGUUUUCCCUAUACAACCUAAGGCUGAGCAACUCUCCUAUGAGUGUCCUAUGACAUGACAUGAGUGUCAUGUAGCAUUAGUGAUCCUAAGGUUCAUGUGUGGUUGCGGCUUCCUGUGGUAUCUCUAUGGGCACAUCUGUACUGAUUUUCUGGAUGCUAAUGUGCUAAAACACCUGGAAAAGGACAGGGCCCACAGGAAGCCCUCAUCUUUAAAACACACUUUGGGCUGAUGUUCUGUCCUGUAAGCCAUCAGAUGUGAGGGAAGACUCCAUUUCUGCAGUGUUUUAAUACUACUCAUACUCUGGUCGUUUGACAUUGUACAAAGUGUUGAGUUGCCUUAAAGUGUGCUAUCUGUUGGCGCUUUCUUGAUCCCUCCUUGCCUCAGUUGCUUCUCCUUGAACAUUCUGUUUGUUUACACACAAUUCUUGCCAUCUAUUUUGGCCUUUUUGCAAAUACAUGAUUCAGGUUUACUUCUGAAUCCUCAAGAGCAAAAACUGUUUCUUAGUUCAAGUCACAAGUCUUUUCAUAUAUGGAGUGGCUUACAAAGAUCACAAACUAUGCUGAUCUCAGACAGGGUUUAGCCUAAGACUCAAUUGUGGGUAGCCACUGGCAUUACAAAACAAUAAAGUAGAAUAAAGUAGAUCAGAAUGCAUCAUGUAAUAAAGGCAAGUAUUAUUUUGUGAAACCUAUCAGAUGAGUAUCUGAGAGGAGGCUACCAUGUUAAAUGUAUUUGUUAGGGGAUAUGAUCAAAACAUCAAAAAUACUAACAAAGGUUUAAGGAACAAGUCUGUAUCUGAGCUAACACAAUGAAAAGUUGCCCUUGUAGGUGAUCUUGUGGCUUUCCUUUUGACUUCAGAAUACAACAUUGUUUCUGUUGCCUUACCAUAAAUGUAAUUGCCCUGCAGAUACAGAAAGGGUGUCUUUUUCUGUUUGAGCAAGCAAUUGUGUAACCACAAAAUCAGAGGCUUACUCUAAUAAAGUAUUUAUUUCUUCAUUCA